ACACCCCAGACAGACACAAACACAGAGAGACACGCACACACCAGACAGACAGACACGCAGACACACCCGCAGUCACCCCCGGGCGCGCGCACGGACACACCAACCCAGACGGCCACGCAUACAGCCACGCGCGCACACGGACACGCAGACACGCGGAGGGACGGAGGCGCGCACCAGCAGACACGAGCGCAGAGACCCCACUCCGGGACCCGGGUCGCUCCUCGCCUGGAACGUCUGAAGCGGGGGCGGCGGCGGCGCGUGUCGCGUCCUCCCGCCCUCCACCUGCCCGUCCUGGGCGGGGGAAGCGCGGCCAGGAGCGCCUCCUCCGCCUCGCGGGCAUCCCCCGGCCGCCGCUGGGAGGGCUCCGGCCGGCCGGGCUGCUGCGCCACGGCCCGGCCCGCUCCGCCCGGCGCCCAUGUACGCCUUCUACUCGCUGCUGGUGCUGCUCUUCUACGCGCUCUUCAAGAGGGGCGAUGCGGGGGCGGCGGGGGCGGCCCGGGGGCGGCGGCGGCUGCGGAGGGUCCCCGAGGCGCUACCCCUCGCCCGCCCGGCCCGGGACCACAGAACUUUCUCAGAGGAGCUGUCAGAGGAGACCCCCUCACCCCAUCACCGAUGGUUGCAGCUGAUCGAUGUGGACAGCAGCUCCGAGAGCGACCGAGGCAGCCCCUCCGAUGAGGGGGAGGAGGAUGACCUGUCCCUGGAUGAAGCCCCCACCCCACUGACGGAGUUCCUGGCCCUCAAGCGCGAGGCAGCUGCUGCCGAGAGGCAGAUGCUGUGUGGAAAGCCCCCGGAGUCCCCACUGGUGCAAAUGAUGCUGCAACUGUUCUCCUUCCUGGAGCGCUACACCCAGUUGCAGCAGCUGCAGGAGAAGGCUGGCGAGUAUCGUUCGCGCCUGCACUGGGAGGAGAGCCGUUGGCGCCGGCAGAAGCGGGCUUUGAAGAGAGCCUGCCAGCAGCGGGUGACGGACAAGCUCGGCGUGAUCCAGAGCCUGGAAGCCAUCAUCCUGGAGCAGCAGGGCCUCCUGGAGAAGAUGCAAGCAGGCUCGAAGCUGCCGUCCAGUGGCCUGCUCUGCCCCGUGGCCCCCGGGGGCCUGCACCAACUGGUGGAGUCCCUCAGCGCCCUCCAGGGGGAGAGGAGCCGUCUGGCCGAGGAGGUGGUGGGUCUCCAGCAGCGGGUCGAAGAGCGAGAGAGGGAGAAGCAGCAGCUGGCCAGGAGCUUCCACCACCAGAUCCGAGGCCUGAAGCAACAGAUCCAAGUACAGGAGAAGGAACGGGAGCAGAUCCGUCUGGGCAUGGGUGUGACGGACUCGGAGAAGCGGAUCCACAACCUGACGGUGGAAAACGAAGGCCUGAAGCAGAGUCUGCAGUUCUCCCAGGGGCUCCUUCAGCAGGCGGCUGCCCUCUCUGCCCAGCCCUCCACUGGGAUGGCCAUGGAGAACGAGGCUCUCCGCAGCCAGGUCCUGCAGCUGGAGGCCAGCCUGCAGCAGAAGGUGGAGGAGCUGAUGUGCCUGGAGGAACGCCUGGACCGGCUGCAGUGCCUACGAGAGGGAGAGGUGCACCAGCUGGACAAGCAGCUGUGCGGGCUGCAGCUCCCCGGGGAGGGUCUAAAGAGCCCCCCUCCUGCGGUCCAGCGCCCAGCCAAGGGACUGCCGGCGGACCCCUCGCAGGAGCUGCAGGCGUUGGCCCAGGCGGAGGAGCAGAACCGGCUUCUGAUGCAGCAGCUGUCCUCCCAGGCCCAGCGGUGCCAACAGCUGGCAGAGCAGCUGCAGAGUUCGGAGGGGGCAGCGACUGCCCUCCGGCACAAGAUCUCUGCCUAUGAGAAAGAGGUCACGGGGCUGCGCCAGGAGCUGCUGCAGGAGAUCCAUCGGCUGGAGGAGCAGAAGGAGGUGGCGGUGCAGGAGGCUUGCCGGGGAUCCGAGGAGCGUGCCCAGCCCCUGUGCCAGCAGCUGGCAGGAAUGAAGCAGCAUCUGCACACCCUCCGCCCCUUCCUCCAGGGGCUGCGGUUGGAUUUCCGGAGCUUUCGGGGAGAAGUGGGGAGUUUUGCCCACGGUUACAAAGCUGCCAUUGAGGAAGUCAAAUUGCAGAUGUUCUCGGUGAUCAGGGAAGUGGCGCAGAGUAGCCACUGUCUGCAAGAGCGCUACCAGCGGGAGGUGCAGCUUCGCAAGAAAUACCACGACCAGCUGCUGGAGCUGAAAGGUAACAUCCGGGUCCUGUGUCGCCUGAAGCCGCUGACGGAGGAGGAGCAGCAGGAGGGGAGCCAGGGGGGCCCCGGAGUGGAGGCCAGCCCGGCCGAGGAUGGCUGUGUGACCGCCUGCUACAAGGGAAAGGAGCACCGCUUCAGACUGGACAAGGUUUUCCUGCCCUGCGCCACUCAGGAGGAGGUCUUCCUGGAGAUUGAGCCGGUGGUCCUGUCUUGCCUGCAAGGCUACAACGUUUGCAUCUUUGCCUACGGGCAGACGGGCUCCGGCAAGACUUACACCAUGGAGGGGCACCCGGAGAAUCCGGGGAUCACCCAGCGGGCCCUGCAAGCUCUCUACCAGGAGAUGGAGGCCAAGCAGGCGGAGGCGUGGAAGUUCUCAGCCCAGCUGACCCUGGUGGAGAUCUACAAUGAAGUGAUCAGAGACCUACUGACCAAGGAACCUCAGGAGAAGUUAGACAUCAAGUUGCAGCCGGAUGGGAGUGGUCAGCUACACGUCCCUGGCCUCACCAGCGUGGAAGUCCAGAACCUCUCCGAGAUUCAGAAAAUUCUCCAGCUGGGAAAACGGAACCGCACCACCUUCUCCACCCACAUGAACGCGCACAGCUCCCGCUCGCACGCUCUGCUCACGCUCACGCUCACCGGCACGGAGCUGAGCAGCGGCACCAAGGUGACAGGGAAGCUUAACCUGGUGGACCUGGCCGGCUCAGAACGGGUGUGGAAGUCCGGGGCGCAGGGGGAGCGGCUGAAGGAAGCCCAGAGCAUCAACCGGUCCCUGCUGGCCCUCGGCGAGGUCAUCCAGGCCCUGCGGACCAAACAGGCCCACGUGCCCUUCCGCAACUCCAAGCUCACCUACCUGUUGCAGGACUCUCUGGGCAAAGGCAGCAAGACGGUCAUGAUGGUGCAGAUUUGCCCCCUGGAGAAGAACGUGGGCGAAUCCAUCUGCUCCCUCAAGUUUGCCCAGCGGGUCUGCAAAGUGGAACUGGGGCCGGCCUCCCGUCGCAUCAAGGCCCCGGACCAGCGUGAGGUCUGAAACCCCGGGACCUCUGGCAGGCCUCCCUUAGGGAAGGAGCUCAAGGACUGGGCAGGUGCCUUGACCAACGGAUCCUGCCAAGCAGGCUGGGGAAUGGUAUAUUAGUCCGAAAUGGUCUAGGGUUUCCUGCCUGAGCAGGGGGUAGGACUAGAUGGCCUCCAAGGUCCCAUCCAACUUUAUUAUUGUUGUCGUUAUCAAAAGCAUCUUUGAGACUCCUGGUGGGGCCCCUCUUCACAUCUGCCCCUUUUCUGCCCUGGUUCUUGUAUUCAUGGGGCCCACCCCCUCCCCUCCCCGGAGAAAGCUUCCCCCCCCUGCAUGUGGCCAGUUUGCCCCCCUCUUUCCCAAGAGCCUCCCUCCUCAUUUGCGAAGCAUCCCCUCCCCCAGCAGACUUCCCACGUUGCAAAAGGAGUCGGGGGGGGGAUACAUUUUCCUAGCCCGAUUCAUGGGACAAAGAAGUGGCAUUGCCCCCCCUGCGGACAGGGCUCGGAGCUGGUCCCCACGGCCUUCCCCAAAGGAGUUGCCCACCUCCUCGCAUCUCCCUUGUCCGUAAGUGUUAAAGGGCAGAUAUCGGGGUGCGACCCCCCACCCCACCCCCAUGGCAUGAAGGAGGAUGGCUGGCACAAGCCUACAUCCUCUUAAGACCCAGGAGUGCGUAACACUUUGCAACUCCACUUGGCUUUUUCGCUGUGCAGGACAGCCUUCCCCCCCCCCACAAUUUGGGGAGACCACCCACCCACCAUUAUUUUUUUUAGCAGAGGAAACUGGCACUGCUGCCAGAACUUUCCACCCAGAUGGCAGGAACUGCCUGCUCAACACAUCCGUUCCCCCAGAUUUGCCUGUGAGAUAUAUUGCGUUGUUUUACGCAUAGAAAUCAGAGCUGGAAGGGACCUUGGAGGUCUUCUAGUCCAACCCCACCGCACACCUGGGGCAGGAGACUUUAUGCUUUUCCCUUUCCUUUCCUGGCCCAGUUCCUGCCACAUGAGUGAAGCCUCAGAACGAUAAAGGACAAUAAAUGACAAUAAAUGGGCAUUGCCAGCUC